AGAAAAUAUUGAAAAUGCAUGGGAACAAAUUUGUGCGUGACAGCAUUGAUGAAUAUGUCAAAUUGGAUAAAGUUGGAGAAGGGACUUAUGGUGUAGUGUACAAAGCGGAGCAUAAAGAAACACGCCAGCUAGUUGCCAUAAAGAAAAUUCGACUAGAAUUUGAAGAUGAGGGAAUACCUGCUACCACACUUCGCGAGAUUUCCAUGUUACGAGAAUUGGACCAUCCAAAUAUAGUAAAGUUACUAGGCGUUUGCAUGCAAGAAAAUCGCCUCUACCUUCUUUUUGAGUUCAUUAUGAUGGACAUCCGCAAGUAUCUCGAUUUACUUCCCGAUGAAGGACACGUCCCACCAGCUACCGUACAGCGUAUUGCAUUCCAGACGUGUCAGGCUACAUGCUUCAUGCACCAACGAAGGAUUGUACAUCGUGAUUUAAAGCCACAAAACCUACUUAUCGACGAUCUUGGCGUCAUCAAAAUAGCAGAUUUUGGCCUAUCAAGAGCGAUAAAUAUUCCUGUUCGAGUCUAUACUCAUGAGGUCGUAACUCUAUGGUAUCGCGCUCCGGAGAUUCUUCUCGGUGCCAACCGAUAUGCAGCUGCUAUCGACGCUUGGGCUAUCGGUUGUAUCUUAGCAGAAAUAGUUCUGAAAAAACCACUCUUCAGAGGCGAUUCAGAAAUCGAUCAGUUGUUCCAAACUUUCAGACUCCUUGGCACGCCAGGAGAAAAGGAAUGGCAGGGUGUUUGCUCCUUGCCUCAAUUCAAGAUGAAUUUCCCCAAAUGGAAGAAUAACCGACUCGCUGAAACGCUGAGACCUUACACGGAAAAUCGGCUAAUCAGCCUUAUUCAGGCGAUGCUCCGAUAUGAUCCAUCGCUCCGCAUCUCUAUGCGAAGCGCGCUUCAUCAUCCUUACUUUUUCGAUAUAGACACAAGUACUGUACCUGCCGGAAACUACAGAGGAGAGCUGGUUUUUGGAUAAACUGUGACAGCGCAGAGAUUCAGUGUUAUGACCAUCUAUAGCUGAUAUACACGUUUCCUAAUAACUUAAAU